UCAGCUCUGUGCCUCACCUCUCUGCUUUUACUGUCUCGGGGGACGGCAGCCGGUCAUGACCACCAAGUCCUCGCUUAACGGGAGCGCUGACCACCUGAAAUACGGGGAGGCUCAGGAGAUCCCACCUCUGAGGAACUAUCUCUGUCUCACCAUGUUCACCUGUUUCUGCCCUGCAUGGCCCAUCAAUAUUGUGGCGUUGGUUUUCUCUUUACUGUCCCAAAAGAGCUACGACGAAGAGGACUACGAUGGCUCCAAGCGUCUGGGUCGGAAAGCUCUCCACCUCGGGAUCAUUUCCUUUGUCAUUGGCUUUGUGAUCAUCACUGCCUACACCGCUGUACACUUUACCACGCAUGUGGUGUGACCUCUUGAGGAGGAAGAGGAGGUGGAAGUGGAGAAGAGGUGCUGGAGAGAUCAGCUCCACGGGAUGCAAAGCAGCUCUGCUUGGCUUCUGUCAUCAACAGCUCUGGAGGUUGUGCAAGAGCUGGCAGAGACUUACUGUACUGCUGGAGACAUCUUUGUUUCAGCUGUUGUGUAAAUGAUAUCGCAAGGACACUUUUUACAGUUUUUAUAAGUGUAAGGUGAAAGGAAUGAUUAUGCACAGGACCCUACCAGCACUUCCACUGAUGAAACGUGGUGCUGCUCUGUAACUAAAGACCUAUAAUGGACUGUGUCACAUUUCUAUUAUAUCUUAUUGAUUACUGUACCUAUUGAUAACUGAUUACUGUGAUUUAAUAUUGGCACAUCGAACUGCUCUCCUUAACAAGUUGUCGGCAUAAAAAUGUCAAAUUAAAAGUUUUAUGUUAAACAAAGUUCUGCUAA